AUGAAAAUUCCAUCCAAGGACGACUGGUUAAUGAUAGCUAAUAAUUUUGAAAGCGCUGCAAAUUUUCCUCUAUGCUUAGGAGCCAUAGACGGUAAGCAUAUUAGAGUCAUAAAACCCGAACAAAGUGGAUCAAUGUUUUUAAACUACAAACACUACUUUUCCAUCGUACUAAUGGCCGUGACAGACACUAACUAUAAUUAUAUUUUUAUCGAUGUUGGUGCAUACGGAAAAGAAUGCGAUUCAGCGGUAUUCAAACAAACACAAUUUUGGAAAAACUUAUUAAAUGAUAGAUUGAACAUACCAUCAUCUACAAAUAAACUAGGAACUGAUUGUGAUCUACCUUACGUAUUCGUUGCUGACGAAGCAUUUGUACUACAUGAACAUGUACUUCGACCGUUUGGUGGUCAUCAACUCGAUGAAUUAAAAAGUACAUUCAACUACCGUUUGACAAGAGCAAGACGGUAUGUUGAAUGUACAUUUGGAAUAAUGGCGAAUAAAUGGCGAAUUUUACAUCGACCAUUAAAUGUAUCUACGGAUUUAGCAGUUGAUAUAGUAAAGACUUGUUGUUUGUUGCAAAAUUUUAUUCACAAAGAAGAGGGAAUUAUUAAUAGUAUAUCUAGCGAUUCAACUACUGAAAAUCUAAACUCCGAUCUACGCCAAUUACCUCGUUCAAAUUCGGUAAGAGGUAGCUUAACAUCAAAUAUGAUUAGAAAUAAAUUUGCUGAGUACUUUGUGUCACCAGAAGGGAGAUUACCGUGGCAGAAUCAGUAUAUUUAA